AAGCACCAGUUGGAUCCACUACCAAUUUACUUACCUUUUGAGAUCCACAGAGUACUUGAACGAUGGGAAGCAUUGAACCACAGGGAGCAGGGAGGUACGCGGUGGUUACCGGAGCAAACAAGGGUAUCGGGUUUGAGGUGGUGCGGCAACUGGCUUGCCGAGGCGUGGUGGUGGUGUUGACGGCGAGGGAUGAGAAAAGGGGAAGGGAGGCCACUGCCAAGCUCCACCAUGACCAUCAUCUUCAUGCCAAUGUACUCUUCCAUCAGCUUGAUGUCACAGAUCCACUCAGUGUGCAAUCUUUGGCUAACUUCACCCGUGACACCUUCGGCAGGCUUGAUAUCUUGGUUAACAAUGCUGGAGCUAGUGGAGUUUUGGUCGAUGAGGAAGAACUCAAAGCCCUGAACAUUGAUCCCACCACUUGGCUUUCAGGUCAAGCAGUCAACAAAAUUCAAGGUUGUAUAAAACAUACUUACGACAAGGCUGAGGAAUGCUUGAACACUAAUUACUAUGGUGUCAAAAGAGUGACAGAGGCACUUCUCCCACUCUUGAAACUCUCUACUGCAGGAGCAAGGAUUGUCAAUGUCUCCUCUCUCAGGAGUGAACUCAAGAGGAUUCCAAGUGAAGAGAUAAGAAAUGAACUUGGUAAUGUAGAAGCAUUGACAGAGGAGAAAGUGGAUGCAGUUCUCAGAAGAUUUCUGCAUGAUUUCAAAGAAAACUCACUUGAAGCCAAUGGAUGGACAAUGAUGCUGCCUUCAUAUAGCAUUUCAAAGGCAACCCUGAAUGCCUACACAAGAAUCCUGGCCAAAAAGUAUCCCAAAAUGUGUAUCAACUGUGUGCAUCCUGGUUUUGUCAACACCGAUAUCAACUGGCAUACCGGAACAAUGACAGUGCAAGAGGGAGCAGCAGGUCCUCUCAAGUUGGCUCUUCUACCAGAUGGAGGACCUACAGGCUGCUAUUUUGAUCAAACUCAAGUAGCAGAUUUCUGAUAUAUUAUCAUCAUGUUAUUCCAAAUAAGUAAUGGAAUGUUUCCGUUCUUGUGUUGGUUACAACUAUUGUUAUUGUUUGCCGUCAAGAGUCAUGCAUGUCUCGGAGAAAAUUCAUUACACCGUGCGAAAGAUUAAGGGAAGAGUUUUUUUUUUUUUUAACAACCGCUUUACUCACCCCGUAUUCUUUUCACAUCUUACUCGUAUAAUUUUAAUUAUAAAUCUAUUUUGUUCACCCAUUAACAAUACAUAAAAUACAUUUUUCUC